AUGUCUUUCCACCUUCUUUCCCUGCUGGCUCCCUGCUCAGCGCCGCAGGCCAUCAACCGGAUGAAGCUCCAAGGGGUCAGCAAGGACCAGCAGGAGGUGCAGAUUCGAGAGCUGAAGCGCCCACGGCUGAAGGGCCAGAAUCAACGACUUGGGAUGCCUUGCCAGGUGAUUCUGGAAGAAAUGGAUGCCUUGCUCCGCGAGCGAUCGGAGAGCGCUAAGGCCAGCGCUGAGAUGGAGUCCAACGAGUUCAGUACCGAGAACGUCCAGGAAAGCGAUCUUUUCAGAGUCCAAGAGGAGGCAGAGGAAUCCGCUGAAAUGGAAGACUCGCGAAUGCAGGAGUCGACGGAGCCAGCUCCAUCAGACCUGCAGGAGGAGGAUCCUGAGGUGGAGCCCUCUGAUCCGAUGGCCUGA